ACCCGGAGCGAGGGGCUGCGAGCGUUCUCCUCUCCCUGUGGGUGUGACCGGGGUUCGGCGUCGCGGCUGCGGGGGGCGGGACGGUUAGCCCGGUCGGCGUCGUCCGCGGCGGCGGCGGCGGCGGCGUGAGGGGAGCGGCGGCUGCAGCGUGGAGCCAGGCGAUUGUGACCUCCAGGGGAGCCGGGGGCCGGCCGCGGCUCCCACUCUCCGUGUGGCCCCCUGAGCGCCCCCCCUCCCCUGCCCGGGAGGGAGGCGGGGGGCACCUGGGGCCCGCCAUGAACCCCGGCUUCGAUCUGUCCCGCCGGAACCCGCAGGAGGACUUCGAGCUGAUUCAGCGCAUCGGCAGCGGCACCUACGGCGACGUGUACAAGGCACGGAAUGUUAACACUGGUGAAUUGACAGCAAUUAAAGUAAUAAAAUUGGAACCAGGAGAAGACUUUGCAGUUGUGCAGCAAGAAAUUAUUAUGAUGAAAGACUGUAAACACCCAAAUAUUGUUGCUUAUUUUGGAAGCUAUCUCAGGCGUGAUAAACUUUGGAUUUGCAUGGAGUUUUGUGGAGGUGGUUCUUUACAGGAUAUUUAUCAUGUAACAGGACCUCUGUCAGAACUGCAGAUUGCUUAUGUUAGCAGAGAAACACUACAGGGACUGUAUUAUCUUCACAGUAAAGGAAAAAUGCACAGAGAUAUAAAGGGAGCUAACAUUCUAUUAACGGAUAAUGGUCAUGUGAAAUUGGCUGAUUUUGGAGUGUCUGCACAGAUAACAGCUACAAUUGCCAAGCGGAAGUCUUUCAUUGGUACACCAUACUGGAUGGCUCCAGAAGUUGCAGCUGUUGAGAGGAAAGGGGGGUACAAUCAGCUCUGUGACCUCUGGGCAGUGGGGAUCACCGCCAUAGAACUUGCUGAGCUCCAGCCUCCUAUGUUUGACUUACACCCAAUGAGAGCAUUAUUUCUAAUGACGAAAAGCAAUUUUCAGCCUCCUAAACUAAAGGAUAAAAUGAAGUGGUCAAAUAGUUUUCAUCAUUUUGUGAAAAUGGCACUAACCAAAAAUCCAAAAAAAAGACCUACAGCUGAAAAGUUAUUGCAGCACCCAUUUGUCACACAACCUUUGACACGGUCUUUGGCAAUUGAACUCUUGGAUAAAGUGAAUAAUCCUGAUCAUUCCUCGUACCAUGAUUUUGAUGAUGAUGAUCCUGAGCCUCUUGUUGCCGUGCCACAUAGAAUUCACUCAACAAGUAGAAACGUGAGAGAAGAAAAAACACGCUCAGAGAUAAACUUUGGCCAAGUAAAAUUUGAUCCACCGUUAAGGAAGGAGACAGAACCACAUCAUGAACUUCCCGACAGUGAUGGUUUUUUGGACAGUUCAGAAGAAAUGUACUACACUGCAAGAUCUAAUCUGGAUCUACAGCUAGAAUAUGGACAAGGACACCAAGGUAGUUACAUUUUAGGUGCAAACAAGAGUCUUCUGAAGUCUGUUGAAGAAGAAUUACAUCAGCGUUCAACCAUGAAAGCAAAAAUUCCACCUCCUUUACCACCAAAGCCUAAGUCCAUAUUCAUACCCCAGGAAACUCAUCCUACUGAGGAUGAUAAUCAAGGAACAAUCAAGAGAUGCCCCACCUCGGAGAGCCCCGCAAAACCGUCCCAAGUCCCACCCAGACCACCGCCUCCCAGAUUACCCCCACAGAAGCCUGUUCCUCUAGGAAAUGGAGUGGGCUCCUUCCAGUUAAAUGGUGAACGAGAUGGAUCAUUAUAUCAACAACAGAAUGAACACAGAGGCACAAACCCUUCCAGGAAAGAGAAGAAAGAUGUACCAAAGCCUAUUAGUAAUGGUCUACCCCCAACACCUAAAGUGCAUAUGGGGGCAUGUUUUUCAAAGGUUUUUAAUGGGUGUCCCUUGAAAAUUCACUGUGCAACAUCAUGGAUAAACCCAGAUACCAGAGAUCAAUACUUGAUAUUUGGUGCUGAAGAAGGAAUUUACACCUUGAAUCUAAAUGAACUUCAUGAAACAUCAAUGGAACAGCUAUUCCCCAGAAGGUGUACAUGGUUGUAUGUAAUGAACAAUUGCUUGCUUUCAAUAUCUGGUAAAGCUUCUCAGCUUUAUUCCCAUAAUUUACCAGGGCUUUUUGAUUAUGCAAGACAAAUGCAGAAGUUACCUGUUGCUAUUCCAGCACACAAACUCCCUGACAGAAUACUGCCAAGGAAAUUUGCUGUAUCAGCAAAGAUCCCUGAAACCAAGUGGUGUCAGAAGUGUUGUGUUGUGAGGAAUCCUUACACAGGCCAUAAAUACCUAUGUGGGGCACUUCAGACUAGCAUUGUUCUCUUGGAAUGGGUUGAACCAAUGCAGAAAUUCAUGUUAAUUAAGCACAUAGAUUUUCCUAUUCCGUGUCCACUUAGAAUGUUUGAAAUGCUGGUCGUUCCUGAGCAGGAGUACCCGUUAGUUUGUGUCGGUGUCAGCAGGGGCCGAGACUUCAACCAGGUGGUUCGAUUUGAAACAGUCAAUCCAAACUCUACCUCUUCAUGGUUUACAGAAUCAGAUACGCCACAGACGAGUGUUACUCAUGUAACCCAACUGGAGAGAGAUACCAUUCUUGUGUGCUUGGAUUGUUGUAUAAAAAUAGUAAAUCUCCAAGGAAGAUUAAAAUCUAGCAGAAAAUUAUCAUCAGAACUCACUUUUGAUUUCCAGAUUGAAUCAAUAGUUUGCCUACAAGACAGUGUGCUAGCUUUCUGGAAACAUGGAAUGCAAGGUAGAAGUUUUAGAUCUAAUGAGGUAACACAAGAAAUUUCAGACAGCACAAGAAUUUUCAGACUGCUUGGAUCUGACAGGGUCGUGGUUUUGGAAAGUAGGCCAACUGAUAACCCCACAGCACAUAGCAAUUUAUACAUCCUGGCGGGUCAUGAAAACAGUUACUGAGAAACGGUGUGCUUUGACAGUCCACUCUAGCACGAGCGAGCACUGCCGCCGCAACGCUAACGGACGCUUGAAGCUGUACAAAGCUGCAGUCACCUGCCUUCACUCACUUGUAAUUUAUUGUGGCAUGAGACAAGAUGGGGAAAUUUUUGUUUUAAGUGGUAUGGAUAUAUUUAGCAUAUUGAACCACACAAGUGCUUAAUUCAUUUGAAGUUAUGUAAUCUUUGUACAUAUAGGCAGUAUUUUUCUGUGAAACUUCAUAUUGCUGAAGACAUACACUAAGAAUUUAUGUAGAUAAUGUACUUUUACGGGAUGUACAAGUAAGUGUCUUAUCUGUAAAUGUUGUAAAUGUUGAUGAAAAUGCAAAUGGGGUUAAUAUUUUAAGAAUUCUUUAGUAUACUUUUGGGUGUGACUAUUACAAAACGGGAUGCUGGCAAUGAAACAGGACAUUGUUGAACACUAUUGUAUUUUUAUUAUAUGUAAUUUAGUAAUAUGGAUAUAAAUCUUGUAACUUUUAAAAUUAUAAUGGAGGCUGUAAUCAUUUUAUAAUCUUGUUUUUAAUUUUAAUGCAAGUACACUGGUUUAUAUUUGCACAAAGUACUGAUAUGUGAUGUAUCGAGUCACAAAAGGAAGCUGUGACGCUGUCAGUAUGCAUUUGGCUCCACAACAUCUUUUUUAAAUGUAUUUGGAUUGUUUUCUAUGUGAAACAGACAGAUUAACCACCUGUUGUAGUGACUGGUCUUUUUAUAUUUGAGCAGAAUCCUGUAAGAUUGCUUGUCUGUGCUUAAAAACCAUACCUUUGAAAAAAUUUCAAGUCACAGAAUAGCGGUACCAUGGUGUUACACUGCAGUCGUGUCUGAAUUACAACGUGCACAAAGAAUAAAUUAGCAUUAUUAAAGAGUCCACACUAAACAUUUCAUAUAAUCACAUUGAAGAACUAGAACAUUCCAUAGAGUGAAAUGGUUCAAAUUUCUAGUGGAAUUCUUAGUUUUGUUGGCCUUAUUUUAUGAUGAUUUUCAUAUUUUUUUUAUUUAGAGUAUUAACAUAUGGCCAAAAUAAUUUAGUUACUACCUCAUAUAAACAAUAUAAUGGUUACUAUACAUCACAGGAACUUAGUUUUGGUUAAAGUCAUUUUUGAUUGCUUUUUUCCAAUGGAAUAUGUAUAUACCAAGUUUUAGCAAAAUGCACACUUUUGGCUGUUUUUUGGUAUAUGGUCUUUAUAUUUUAAUGUGAGUAUAUACACUAAGAACAAACUAAAUUGUGAUUUAUGGUCUUCAUUUGUUUUAAUUGAUAAUAUUUUUAAAUAUGUUCCUGAUUGUAUAUAGUGUAAAAUAAACAUGUUUUUUAACAUGCUGUUGUAUAGUAGCUUGUUACCUGACUUAAUCUAUAUAUAGCAAAACUAAAAUACAUUGAGAAAAAAAUUAUAAUUAUAUCCUGCAUUAAAUCCUUCAGUAUU